AUGGACGUCGUAUCGCUCGACCACGUCGGCCCCGUCCACGUAGGCGGCGUGAGCUGGAACGUCCUUGUGAUAAUUGAUCACGCAACACGGUACAUGCUAGCGAGGGCAGUCCCGAGCCUCGAGGCAGCUCAGACCCUCCGCACAUUCUACCACUACUGGGUAGUGGCGUUUGGAACGCCGAGAGCGGUGCUCACCGACGGCGGCUCCAGCUUCAAGGGCGCGUUCCACACAACCGUGACCAAACAUCUAGGUUGCCGACAUCUAGUAACCGCCCCGUACCGUCCCCAGGGGAACGGCAUCAAUGAGGCCUCGCACGUCGAGCUGAAGAAUGUGCUGCGCGCAAUGUGGCAAGAAGGGCAGAGAGAU